CACAGGGAAAAUGCUCAGCAUAGAGGCCCUGGGACAGAGCAGCUGGGUGGUGCAGAUUCCCAGGCAGGAAGGCUUGGAUAAGCUCAGCCACAGCCCAGGUAUGAAGCCAGCUGGUUUGUGACAGCACCUGGGUGGGGAACAGUUGUUUGUCCAACUGGAACAGGGCUCGGCUUAGACCUCACUGGUUUUUAAGUGAAGAAGGAGAAAGUUCAGCUGUUGAAAAGCAAACUUUCUGUGGGCUGAAGCCUCCAAAGUGCAGACUAUCCCUGAAGUCACUCUGACAACAUUCUGAGGGACGCUGGGCACCCUUGAGUCACCAUGGGCAAUGAGAACAGCACCUCGGACCACCAGGAGGACACUGGCUCACACAACACCAUCCUGUGGCCUCCAAACCCUGUCCCCCCACAGAGGACUUCAUCAGUUCAGAAUCCAGGAGCAUUGCAACUGGCUGGGAACAGUGACUCUCUACAGAAGAAGCAGGGGGACUCGAUUGGAACUGGUGCUGGCAGCACUGGGCUAGGAGGCUCCUGCUCUGCUUCCUCUGCUUCUGAGAGUGCUGCCAGCCUGGAUCCAAGUACUGUGUCCCCAGAGGUGACUGAGCCAGGGAGGCACCCCCAGGAAUCCAAGCGGCCAGAAGGUUCUCCACUGCCCAGCUCAUCACUGCCCUGGGAACAGGUGUGCCCCUUAGCCUCCAUGCCCUUCACCGAGUGUCCCCCAGAAGGUUGCUUAGCAAGCUCAGAAGCAGCACCUGAAGAUGGUACCCUUGCCCAUCACCCUAGAAGGGAAGCCUCACCCAGUAUCCAAGGGGAUGCCUUAGCAACCUUUAGUCCUGAAGGGGAUGGCUCCACAAAGCACACACUGGUUGCCACAACCCCCAGUGUUGAAGAAGAUGAAGAACUGAAGAAAGGGAGACCAAACUUAUCUUCCAGUUGCACUGGCCAAUUGCCAGAAAUUUCCCUAAUGCCUCCCCACGAGUCCAGGACAGAGCAGCUGUGUGCAGAGGGUGACUGGCCUGGUAGUUUUGAGACCCAAGAGAAAGACCAUGUAGGUGACUGCUUGCCCGAAGAGUCUGCCACUAAGGCCCCUGCUGCCACCAAACUGGGGAUGGAAAGCACAGAUGUCCUAGAGGAGUCCCCAUGGACUGAGACCAUGGUCCCACAAGAUCCAGUCCUAAGAUCAGCUGACAGGGAUGGAGGUGGAAUGGAGGGGCUACCUACCAAUUCGGCCAAGAACUUGGAAUUUCUUGGAGGCUGCCAUCCUUCUAAAAGCAACUCGGGCACUAAACCUGGAGCUGGGACAAACACUGGCUCCCAGGUACACUGCCAGCAGGAAGUGGAGACACAUCUGCCACAGGCAGAGCCUCCCUCAGACCCACUAGGUUUUGCCACAGCACCAGGAGACAGUGGCUCCUGGAAGGAGACUCAACGAGACACCAGCAAUGUUCAGAGCCAGCCACAGACAGGGACAUCAGGAACUGAGCCCCAACAAGUGGUCUGUGUCACAUCAGGCAACCAGCCGGAUAGGAGCUUGCUUGGGGGUACUGAGGCUCCUCCAUUCACUAGAACAGAGGAAACGCAUACAGCUUCAAGUCCCACACCACAUCCCGAUGCUUGGGAUUCUGUCAUCUUAGAAGAAGCCAGCUUGACCAAAGAGACAGAUUCUGAGGCUAAGAUGCCAGUUUCUGCAGAUCUGGCCACAGGAAAGGUGGAUACAGGGGUGGUGGGGCUGAAGCGAGCAUCAGAUCUGAGGCGAACCCAACAACAACAGCCAGAAGGUAGUCUCCAAGGGGUCCCCACCCCUUUCUUGCAGGGACAAAAUGAUACAGUCCUAGAAGAGCUGUUGCUGCCAACAUUGUCUCAUGGGGUUUCAAAUGAAAGUUCUAGAAAGUCAAUGGAACCAACUGAUGGUCCUAAAGCUCCCAAGAAUACUGAAAAUAGAGUUGUGGCUAUAGAAGAAAGCAGAUCACCCAGAGGCAACCCUAAGAGACAGCAAGAAGCCACCAGAGCCCUUGAUGGCGCACAGUGUGGGAACCAUGAGGAAGAAAGGUCCCAUCCCUUUCACAGCGAGCUCCAUCUGGAGACGGACAAAGAUGAGGUUUCAAAGCCACAUAGUGAGCCUUCCAACUCAGACUCAGCACAGCCACCUAGACAGGCAGUUGCUGGCCAUGAGGAUGGGCCCCACGCUGGGUCAGCAGAGGCUGUGGGGCAGGUGAUUACUGACUCCCAUACAACUGACACAUGUAUCUCCCUGCACAAAGUCCCUGAGCAGGGCCUCAUCCUGUCCUCAGCAUCAGACGGAACUGGUGAGCACUUUCCUCUCCAAGAAGCCAUCUGGGGAAGUUCAGGAUCUCAGACCAAAAGCCCCAGCAUGCUUCAGGGCAGGGGGGAAUUGGGAACAACAGAGUCACUUCCUGCUUUAGACUCUGAGAAAUCAGAUUUCCUGUCUGCUCCAGCAGUGGAGGAGGUGCCCAAAGCUGGAGAGGUGGAGAGUGUAUGGGAGAUAAAGCAGAGGCACUCCCCCUUGCAGAGGCCCUACAGUUGUGAUGGGGAAGGCUUGCUGAUAUCCCCAGGCCAACCUUGUGGGCUGAAGAAGGUAGAAUCAGGACAAGAAGUCCACACUGAUGUGUCAUCUCCCCACAGUGGGAAGAGCUCAACAAUGGGUCAUGGACCCAUGCUCAGUCUGAAACAAGAAUGUCAGGGAAAGCUGUCUUGCCCAGGGGACAGCCUCCCACUACCUUCUGAGAACCCACUCCAGCCGUCCCAACUGGAUCCAGAAGCAGCCGUCUUUGCUGUCCUCUGUGAGAAGGCCCAAUCGCCUGCAAAUGGGCAAGGGGCUUGUCCAAGUGGCCCAGGUCUGAAGAAGCAGGGUGCAAACCCUUCCCCAAUUCUAGCGCCCAUGGAAGGGGAGUCUUGGGUAGGUGUGAACUUGCCCACUCAAGGAGGAAAGGAACAGGCUUCAGAACUUCCACCCAAAGGCAGCCGGUGCAGUACUCCAAGUUCAUCACCCGAGGAUACGGAUCUGGGAAAGGCACCAUCAGAGGAGUCAGACCCUUCAACCUCACUUGGACAGACAUUGCCUGCACUAGGGAUAAAUGAACAAGAGGGCACAGGCUGUGACAGUCAGCCCUCGGAGAUCCUGCAUCCUGCAGAAGACACCUCUCUUACAGGAAACUUGGGUGGAAAGGACAGUUGUGGCAUCCGGCAGGAGCUGAGCAAGUCCCAACAGGAACUGGCUGAUGCUUUGAAAGCAGGCAGCCAGCAUGAAGAAGCACGUUGUGGGGAUUCAGGAGUUUCUGAUGUAUGUGAUGUACUGCCCCUGCCUCAAGGCUUGGGUAAGACAGAGGCGGCAAGUAGAGGCAUAGUGGAGGCCCCGCCUUGUCCACCUGACUCAAAAGCUCUCCUGGAUACAGCAUACUGUUCUCCAGUCCCAGAGCCUACCAGCCCUAGAGGCACACCCACCCCGGAUGCGCUAGAGAGUGAGGCCUGUGAUGAAAACCAGGAAGAGUUGGCCCCACAUCUGGAAAUGGAGCAGCUGGCCACCUUAGGUGCAGAAGCACAGGGGCCUCUUGGAAGUGUUCCGAGAGCCGAGGAGCAACAUGGUGGGUCUGCGGAGGUGAAUGUUGGCGCCAGCGAAGGAGACCCUGGGAUGCAGCAGGAUCCUGGGGGACCACAAGCUGCUCUGCAUGGUGGCUCCUUUCAGUCCGAGCAGUGCCUCACAUCUUGGAAAGAAGCUUACACCUCCACCCUGACUGAGCUGUGCCAACUUGAGCAGCUUGUGCCCAGCUGUGGGGAUCCCUUGCUGCCAGCUGGAGAACCCACGGAGGCUGCUGCCGGCUGGACCACCUGA